AUGGCGCGCAUCUACCCAAACACAUUAUGGCUAUCCAAGCAAGGCGAAAUCAGAAGAUUCCGGAAGAUAUAUGCGAAGCUCGCGGUGGAACCGAAGGUGGAGCGCAUGUCUGAAUUCGACCAAAUCAAGAUAGCAGAAGCCAUCUACCAAGGCAAGCUACGUCUCAACGACAACGGUGAUGGUAUGCUGGAUGCCACACCACCUACGACCGAUCUCAUGGCCAUUACACACCGGAACAGCGUUAGCUCGCCUCUACUCCGUCUCCCGGCCGAAGUGCGCAAUAAGAUCUUUGCCUACGUCAACAAUGGUCUACACGUCUUCAUGAGAGCUGGACCCGGUAAUAGAGCCACGAGAUCCAUCAAGAACGGCACUCACGAAGGAGCAUCUUCUGUGUAUCCACCGUUUCUUGAUCUCCAGCACACCUGCCGUCAAAUCUACAACGAGACAGCGCUGCUUCCCUUCUCUACCAAUGAGUACUGGUACUAUACCGUCUCUUCGCUAAACGCUUGCAAACCCCUCUUUUUGGGUCCGCAGUGGGAGUGCAUCCGCUAUAUUUCCUUCCCUAUCACGAUCCGAGCCAGGAAAGAGCUACCAGUCAUUGGGAACUUCGAUGUAAGAAGGCUGGAAGGCUUGAAAGCCUUCUCUCGUCUAGAAAAGGUCACUUUCUACUUGAACACGGAGCACCCAAAUGCUGAGCGUCGGUUCGAAGACGUGAAGACGGUUUUGAAGCACUAUCUAAAGGAGGUGGUGUCUGCGGAUGUGAAGAUUGUGUAUGAGCACCGAUACCGGGAGGCAGACUUCGUCUCUUGGCCACUUCCAUACUGA